AUGAAAAAUCUAACGUUAACACUUUUCAUCAUUGCAAUCUAUAGCAAUUUUGCUCUUGCUAGAGAGUCCUUGAAAUGGGGAGGAGUCAAAUUAUUUGAUGCCUUUCAGAGCGAAAAAAAAUAUGCUAGGAUAUUCUCAAACCGCUCAUCCUCAUCUAACGUAGAAAGGGCUACCUGUCCACCUGGAUAUCCAUAUGAAUGUCCAGGGACUGAUUAUUGCUGCGAAACGGUGUGUGGCGAAGUUUGUGAAUACGGUUGUUGUAAUCCGGGAAACUCAUGUUGCAAAAGAGGUUGUUGUUUACCAGGCUACCUAUGUCUUGAAGAUGGUUAUUGUUGUCCGCCAGGCUACAAUAGUUGCGGAAACGGUUAUUGCUACGAGAAGGACAAGAUUUGCGAACCUGAGGAGCCUGAGGAGCCUGAGAUACCAGAGCCAUCAAUUUCUUGUGGUUUAACAGCAGAUGAAAUUAAGAGUUCUAAUUAUCGAGAUACUGCCAAAAAAGCCGAUCCUAAUACAUUUGCAUAUGAAUAUGAACCCAAUAGCGGAAUGAUAAUCCAAAAGACCUUGAAAGAUAUCGAAGAUAAUCUAUCUUAUUAUGAUGCUGACCAUGUUUUUGAAGCACAAAUUAUCACGAAUUGGCUUGGACACUUGCCAGAAGAAUACCGUGAUAAAAUGUGCUGCAGUAUUAAGUUAAACCUUAAUGAAUUGAAGGAUAUCGUCAAUGAUGAAACUAACUUACGAUUUCUUUCCAAAGAAAUUAAUAACGCCAAAGGUCAAUUAUUUGCAGGUAAUAAAAUAUCUGAUCCAAAGCGCGAAUUUGCGGUAUCAUAUUAUCUGGCUAUAGAUGACGUCUACAACGCAUUUGUUAUGACUCGUAACAAAGUGAUAGAUUUUUUGGUUAAAGCCGUAGAAGAAGUGACGGAUAAUGUCUGCGACGGAUUUACCGUAGCUCGUAGAUCUGUGACCAUUCUUUUGCGUAGAGCAAUUAACGUCACUUACAUUAAAACAGACUUCAGUGAUUUCUCACGUUCUGCAUACGAAAAUUUGACAUAUAGGACGUUAUCUGAUGACAAAACCAAUAACAAUUCUUCUAACGACUCCUCUUCAAUCUUUCAAUUGCCAUACCUUUCUAUAAAAUUAUUUAUGACCUUAA